AUGAGCCAGUAAACUGCACGAGCUCCUGAAACAUCGGGCAGGGAUGACAAGGAGGAGAAAAGAAAACAACGUUCGCCAAGAAAUGCUUAUUAAAUUGGCCUGCGGGGAUUGGAAACAGUUUUUGACCCCUAUGUGGUGGAUUUUUCUCGUUUAUUUGGCAGGUGUCUUUCCUCCGUCUUGCUCAGGCGUUAAUGUGAUUGUAAGAGAUGAGAAGAAGUAUGCUGUGCUGUUCCAGUCUGUGGUUCUACCUUGUCAAUACACCAGUGUGUCCACCCAGACCGCUGUGGUGCAGUGGGUCUACAAAUCAUACUGUCGAGACCGUACGAGGGAUUCGUUUAGCUACCAAGACAGCUUGAGUGGAAGCCUGGGAGGAAGUGGGGUGACGAGUGGAAAUGGAGGGGUCAGUGGGGGCUAUGAGAUGGGUAUGACAGCGAGCUACCUCGACUGCUCUGACAACAGUCGGACUGUCCGAACUGUAGCGUCCAUCUCUGGAGCCUCAGUUACGCUGUCAGAGUUCUACAAGAACAGAGACAUCUCCAUCAUCAACAAGGCAGACCUGCGAAUAGGUGAGGUCCAAUGGGGAGACAGUGGAGUUUACGUCUGCAAAGUGGUUAUAUCAGAUGAUCUAGAGGGACAGAAUGAAGCCUCAGUGGAGCUGCUGGUUCUUGGUUUCUCAGGUGUUCCUGAAGAUCUCCUGCCAGACUUUGAUUUGAAGAUUAUGCCAGAAUGGGUGUUUGUGGUGGCAGUGGUGCUCGGCAGUGUAUUAUUCCUGCUGCUGGUUGGAGUUUGCUGGUGUCAGUGUUGUCCUCACUCCUGCUGCUGUUAUGUCAGCUGCUGGUGCUGUCCCGACACAUGCUGCUGCCCCAGACACUUGUAUGAGGCAGGUAAAGGUAUAAAGACAGGCACGUCCAGUCCCCAAACACCUACCUACCCUCCUUACUUUGUCUCUGGUGUCCCUACCAUGGUCCCCAUUGCACCACCAUCUCUGGUGGACAAGGUGUCUUCUGUUCCACCCUCAGAUGGGACCCUGAUUGCAGCAGUGCCCAUGCAUGCUGUAGGGGUUCCCUACCGUGUGCCAUCACCACAGGAUCAGGAUUCUCUCAGAGUGCUUCAGUAUGUAGAGAAACAACUGGCUCACUUCAACCCUGCCAGGUCCAUCAGCCACCAGUCCUGCAGCCUCUCCGAGCUGAGCUCCCUCCAUGAAGGAGAAACCACCUUCCGCCAAACUUACCGAAAUGUUCAGAAGAAAGCUCUGCCAGCUAUCCCUGAUCAAGACUUUCAUCCUGAACCGCAGCGGUAUCGUGACAACCGCAGUCCAGAACCACAACGGCGCCAUAAUAAUCCACCAUCACCUCAUCGAUAUCGUCAUGACCCUGACUCAGAUCCCCCCGACUGCCAAGACGAACCCCUGCUUUCACGACGAUACAGCGAUGACCCUCCAUCUUCUUCACAGUCACACAGAUUCACCCGGAACCAAAGGCAACAGAACCAUAGUGAGGAGGAUAAACACAGCAGGUGGAACCCUCGUUCAGAGCAUCUGCAGAGAAAGACUUAUCGUAAUGCCGAGCGAACAGGCUCACUGGAUGAACUGGAGGAGUUCGCUGCUGCUUAUAGGCAACGAGGAGGCAGAAGAGAGGAGAGGAGAGAAGAAGAAAGGGGAGACUAUGAAAUGGAGCUUCGGGAGUUCAGUCGAUACCCCUCCUACCGUAAUGGUCCUCCACAACAUUAUCACAACAGUGAAAAUGAGCUCAGUGACCGUAGCGACCAUGAAGAUCGUCCCACACCGAACAGGAAAAAUAGAAAUAACAUCAGUCCACUGUCUUCUCCCAAAAAGCGUAGGGGCACAUGGGAAAGGGAGAUCAUGAUCCCACCUCCUCCCACAGCAAGUCCACCAUCGACCUCCUCUCAAGAAAAGGACUAUGACGCCACGUUUCUGAACAGCCUGCUGGAGCGUAAAGCAAAGUUGCGAGGAGUCAGCCAGGGGAAAAGUGGGGCCUGGUGUGAGGGAGAUUCAGAUACACCCUCAAAGGGCAACUCAAAAAAGAGCAGCGUGGAGUCUAAUCAGCAUUGCAGCCACUCACCUAGUAACAGGCCAGAGGUAGAUUCACGGCCUCAUUCCUCAGAGACAGAAAGAAACAGGACUGACAGGCCAUCUCCACGGCCACUGCAGGCAAACAGCCAUUCCUCUCAACCACCUGCCCAUUUCCAAGCCGGUCGCAGAGAGGAACCCCGAGACAAGUCCCGGAAAGUGAACACUCUUCUCAGCCGAGAUUCCCUCAUCGUCUGAUGGAUUUAAAGCCACAGAGACUUAAAGCUUAGAGCGGAGCAAGAGCAGUCUGACACCCUGCAGGAACUGCAUGUCAGCUGGGAAAAAAAAACUAUAACAAACUAUAUGCCAAAAGGCAGCCACCACUGAGAAACAUAAGGAGAGCUGAAUCAACACCGAUAAGUGGAGAGAAGAAGGCUUUCUGUGACAUCACUGAGUGAUGAAGUCACUGGCUGUGUCACGAUAUCUCUGCUGGACUAACACUUAACUAAUGUGAGCUGGACGUAUGAGCUGGACCGUCCCUCUUAGCAGGAUGCAGCUCAUCUCCCCCUUGUUCCUUUAUAAAGGCUCUGGAGCAGAGUCUUGCUUUACACUUCAAGUACAAUAAGUCCAUUCAUUUCCAUUUGAUGAGACAUGUGAAUUAAAAAGCACACUUGCAGAAUAGACGAUAAAUGACAACACCAUUAUUGUAAAGCACACACUGUAUCUGCAGUUAAAAACAAUGAGCUCACUGUUUCAUUAAAGUAUGUUCAAGGAAUACUGUGUUUAAGUGUGAGGAAUUUUGCAAGACCUUCUAUGUUCCCUAAAGUUUCCAGUAGUAACAAACAUUAGCAAAUGUUUUAUUACUUUGUGCCACUAAUUCAACCACUAAUUCACACCCAUAAGGCCCAUUUAUGCUCUCCUACGUGCGCAAGUAGGGACGUCCAUUUCAAACCUGUCAUACGUCGCCGUUCACAUGCAUCUUUUGCGUUGCCAUGGUUGCUGAGUCAAUUCUUCUACUAGUGGGCAGUGCUAAGGUCAGAGUUCACUCCUGUGAGGCUGAACAGAAUGAAAGGUACUAAAGGAUAAACCUAAACAGUAGUGAUGUGAAAGCUGAAAUUAAAGAUCAGAAGUGUUUUAGCGGAUUUCAGUUCGUUGUCUUUAGGUCCAGUUGCACAACUCUUAUUGGUAAUGUUUUGUGCCAGCUUUAAUCUAAGAAAGCUCAGGUAAACAUAUUGUACUCAGCAUUCCCAGCAACAAAUAGCAACUGGGUCCAGUUAUUCAGUCAGCUAAAAUGAAUGUGUUGAUGUUGCUCCAGAUUGGAUGGAUAACUAUGCAUAAUGUUGUUCUGUGUGAUUUAAUCACACAUGCAAGUGAGGGAUGUGAUAAAAGAUUUUUGCCAUCUAGCAGGAAAUCUUCGCCAGACACAAAGUCAGGCAUUCUGUUAGAUUUUUAAUGGUACAGCCAUGUUUCCUACUAAAGCUAGGACAUUUAUGAAAUGUAAAUUAAUAACAGAAUGCAAAGUUUCACAGAGUGUCUUCCCAGAAAACUGCUUAUUCUUCCCUAAAAAAUAUGCUUAUUUUGAAUUUGAUGCUAUCAAAAUGUUUUAAAGAGUUUGGUCAGAGACACUGUUUACCACUACGCUGCAUUAACUCCUGUUUGUGCCAUGAUUCAUGGGUUUUGGUUUGGUAGUCUUGUCAUGUUAUGUUUUUCCUUGUCUGAUUUUGCAGGAUUUCCCCUUGUGUAUUAAUUUUGCUUUCUGCUUCCUGUCAUUAGUGCACCUGGUUUGAUUUGCUUAUUCACUUCACCUGUUACUCGUUAGUCCAUCUGUGUAUAUAUACCCCUUGGUUUCCUUUUCCCUGUGCCAGUUCAUUGUAAUCUUCAUGUCUCCACGUUUAGUUUGGUCUGUUUAGUUGUGUGUUAUUAAAACGUUAACUUUUGCACUAGUCUGCCUCCUGCCUCUUCGUCAGCCUGUAUUUGGGUCCUCAUCCACACCUCAACCUUGGCAGUUUGCUUCUAGGGAGCGAGGACAUGAUAGAUUUGAAGGCAUAAUGUUGUCUGUACUGAGCAGAGCAAUGUUUUACCAUGUGAACAAUGUUUUUUAGCAUCAUGUUUCAAUAAGCAAACCCUUCCCUGAAAAUUUGUUCUCUGGAUGACAGUAUAAAUUGCUCCAAAGUCUGUUCCGCAGUCAGCAUUCAGUGCGCCAGCACUUCUGAUAGCAUCACCAGUGUGUAAGAUGUUGGGAACGAUGCUGUCACUGUCAGGAGCCCUGGCAAUCCAGAUGGUCUUAGAGGGUUAAUAGAGCAUUCAGUUAUGUACAGCUUACGUAUGCAAUAUGGACUAAUACACUGUCAUACUAUCAGAGAUGCUGCAUGGCACACAGUCCUUCUCUUUAGCCAAGAAGAUGCAGCAUCUCUGAUUUCAUCAUGAAAUUUAAAAGUUUGAUGAGCCAGAUCACAGGAUAGUUUUCCACUUUACAUCAAUCCAUAUUAAACAAGCCAGAGCCCAUGCAGUGACCUUCACUGUCAACUUAUUUUUGUUUAUAAUGCAGUGGUGACUGAGAGCCAUUAAAUAUCAGCUUUGUUCCUUGCAUACAGAGAUUUCUCUGGUUUUCUGAGUAUUGUAAUGAUAUAUGCUAUAGAUGUUGAAAUCCCUAAUCUCUCCAUUUUAGCAUCAAAUUUAAAAUGGGCAUUUGAGCAUUUUUUUAAAGUUAUGCAACAUUUGAUAUGUGUACACUUUUUUAUUUAAAUAGAGCACUUGGAAAUUAAUGUAAUGUAAUUUUACAGUAAAGAAUAUUUAUGGGUUAAUUUUACAACCUUUUUAAACCAGUUUAAAACAGAAUCAGUUUUUUUUUGUUUGUUUUCCCCAGGUAGCAGAUUUUAUGUUUGUAGGUAUUAUUUUGAUAAUCUCUCAUAACAGCUGCACUGACCAAACAUGUCACUAACACGAGGAUGGACUAACUCUGCCAACCUGAUGUUUCAGCAUUUACAGAGAUAAAGAGAUCUUUUUUGCUUAUUAUUUAAGCACAGAUGUUCUUAUUUUGCUUAUUAGAAUAUUCACAAAACAUUUUUCCUCCACAAGGGACUAACAUCUGAUGAAAUUAUGAAUUACUUCAAACAUUAAUGUAUUCAAAAGACUUUUGUAUUAAAGAGUUUGAUGUAAACUCAACAUAUUUAUGUGUAAUUUGUUCUGUAAUUUUUAUUUUUAAAGCACGUGGAUAUAAGUUGUUGUGUGUGACUGCAUGCAUCAGACAAGGUGUCUGAUUGGGUAACAAAGCCUCUGCUUGUCACUGCUGCUGGUGAGUUCAAAACUAAUCCAUGUGUGUUGAACAGCUACAUACCCACACAGACUGGUCUGCAGCUUUUUAAAUCAAUCAUGUUUAUUUUCUAGCAGUAAUCCACAGUACUCUGUUUUUUCCAUCAUGUUGAACAAACUCAUCUUUGAACAAAAAUAAUAAUUUUAUUGUUUGGUUUUAUUCAUCAUAAUUUCUGAUGUCAUAAUGACAUCCAUAUUUGUGUGUGUGUCAGCUUCAGUUAAGAAGUUGAGAAAUGACUUUCCUUCUCUGUAAAGGAGACAAUGUGUGGUGGCGAAUGACUCAUGUCUUUGUUCAUUGUUGUAAUCACAGACAGCUUGUUUUGACUGUGCAGCUGUGUCAAAACUCACACAUCAGCUCUGCUAGCUCAUCCACAGCUUUCCAUCCACAUGAAGAAUUUCUCAUUAUGUUUCCAUCAUGUUUCUAAACUUUUUGUAUUUGUAAUUCUGGAAAGAUGCAGGGUGGAAAAAAAAGAUUUUCUGUGCUUCUCAACAACUUC